UACACGGAGGUCGCGUUAGGGGCUUCGGUUAAUGUGGGCAGACAGAGAACCUUGGAUUUCGACUGUUUUGCCUUGCCACCCUCUGGCCGGACGCCAUGGGAGUGACUUGCGUGUCGCAGAUGCCUGUGGCCGAGGGCAAGAGUGUCCAGCAGACUGUGGAGCUCCUCACUCGGAAAUUGGAGAUACUUGGGGCAGAAAAACAAGGAACAUUUUGUGUGGACUGUGAAACUUACCAUACAGCUGCGUCUACCCUUGGCAGCCAAGGUCAGGCUGGGAAGCUGAUGUAUGUGAUGCACAACUCAGAGUACCCAUUGAGCUGUUUUGCCCUCUUCGAAAAUGGCCCCUGCCUUAUUGCCGACACCAACUUUGAUGUGCUCAUGGUGAAGCUUAAGGGCUUUUUCCAGAGUGCUAAGGCCAGCAAGAUUGAGACUCGGGGCACCCGUUACCAGUACUGUGACUUCCUGGUGAAGGUGGGCACAGUUACAAUGGGGCCCAGUGCCCGGGGCAUCUCUGUGGAGGUGGAGUAUGGUCCCUGUGUGGUAGCUAGUGACUGCUGGAGCCUGCUUCUUGAGUUCCUACAGAGUUUUCUUGGCAGCCACACUCCAGGGGCUCCUGCGGUAUUUGGGAACAGACAUGAUGCCAUCUAUGGCCCAGCAGAUACCAUGGUCCAAUACAUGGAACUCUUCAACAAGAUUCGCAAGCAGCAGCAGGUGCCGGUGGCUGGGAUUCGUUAGUGACUGGCAGCUGCCAGCUAAGCUCUGUCACCAGGGAUACUCCAUAGGAGGUUGUUCCUGGACCCCAGAAACUCUGUGUAGAAGUGGAGGAUACUUUCUCAUUUCCAGUUCCCAGCUGUGGCUUUUGUUCAGGGGCUCUGGACUCUUCUCCCCUGACCCUCACAUACAGCCCCACAACAGCUGUUUUACCCAUGCCUUACUGGAUUUGGCCUGUCUUCAAGAAUGGUAAUUAUGAAGAAUGGAGAAGUUUGGACCUUUCCUGCUUUAGGGGAA